AUGUUUUUAAGAUAAUAAUUGUAAAAGGGCGUUUUUAAUUUUACAUAAUUAGUAAAUCAGUAAAGCAAUAGCAUAGUUUAUAGAUAUAAGCCUUAGCGUUCUAUAUUCGAUAAGACUAGCUACAUUGAGGACUAUGUUGAAAGACCUAAUAAAUAUCAUAAAUCUAGAAAGCCAAAGUAAGUAAAAUGGGAUGAUCCUAAUUAUACUUGGCCACCUGUCUAUCCUCAUCCUACUAGAUUAGAGGGACGCGCUUUGAUUAAGGAAGUUGAAUAGCGCGAAAAGUUAGCAAUUGACCGUUAAAGAGAGUUCAAAAUUCCUGAUUUUAGAGCUGGUGAUAUUAUUUAAUUCCACUUUUUGAAAUCAAUUAGUGAAGGUUAUGGCAAUACUGUCACUGGUAUGUGCACUGCAAGAUAUAAAAACAAUUCUUUAAUGGCUGGUUUUGAUUGUGUAUUCAGAUUCCACGGUGUUGAAGUUUUUAUGCAUGUUAAGCAAAACUCUCCCUUGUUGGUUGACUUAAAGGUUGUUGAUAAAUCAUAUGGCUCUAUUAGAUAGAAGCUCAACUACUUCUGGGAUGAUAGAACUAAUACUGAGUAGGAAUUAAAGAAAGCAAUUGUUAAGGGAGGUCAUAAAAAGGGUAAAAGAACCGAUAUAUAUAUGGAACGUAGACAUCUUGAAUAAUCUAAAAGCAAUGUUUUAGAUAGAUCAGAAGAUCCUGUUCUCAAUUAUUGA